ACCUGAUUCACCGACGAGUCAACGCAGAGAGAACGCUAAAGUUAAACUGCGCAAACUUCAACGAACGAAAACGAACGGAUGACGUCAUGAUUGAGCGUAUGCACUGUUUUAGUUUCACGGCGAAACUUUUGUUCGUUUGUUUUAUUUUAACGCAACGAACGUAAGUUUAAACGUGGAAAAGCUGCGUCAACAGCGAGCUCUGUUAUCUUAAACCUACCCGGGUUACUGACCCGUGUUUGAGGCUUAAACUCCUCAGAGAGUCACGGAAAAAACAAACGAACGAACAACAACAACAUGUCGGUGAGGUGUCGCUCUGUCUCGUGACAACAUGGCGGCGCUGUUACGGUUGCUGCGGGACGUGAGGCGGGAGCUGAUGGAAGCAUUACGUCACUACCCGCUCUUGUGCUGCCUGCUCGUCACCAUGGCGACAGUGACGUUGCUGCUCAACAGGUACAUCCACGUCCUCAUGGUCUUCUGGUCUUUCCUGGCUGGAGUGGUCACCUUCUACUGCUCCCUUGGACCAGAGUCUCUUCUCCCAAACAUCCUGUUCACCAUCAAACCCAGACACAGACAGCAGCAGCAGCAGGAGCUGUUUCCUCUGGGUCACAGCUGUGCUGUGUGUGGGAAGAUCAAGUGUAAACGUCACCGGCCGACGCUACUUCUUGAAAACUACCAGCCAUGGUUGGACCUGAAGGUUCCUUCCAAAGUGGACGCGUCCAUAGCAGAGGUGUUUGAGUUAGUGCUGGAGAACUUUGUUUACCCCUGGUACAGGGACAUCACAGACGACGAGGCGUGUACGGACGAGCUGAGGACGACGUUCCGAUUCUUCGCGUCCGUGGUCGUGCGCCGAGCUCAGAAGGUGGACGUCCCCGCCGUGUUUGCGGACAAGGUGAUGAAAGCUGCGAUGAAACACAUCGAAGUCAUCGCGAAGGCUCGAGGAAAAGUGAGGGACGUGGAGAGUUUACAGCAGGUGGCGCUGGAGGAGUACGGCGCCGACCUUCACGUCGCUCUGCGCAGUCGCAAACACGAGCUGCUCUACCUGAGGAAACUGACCGAGCUGCUGUUUCCUUACGUCAUGCCUCCCAAAGCCACCGACUGCAGGUCUCUGGCUCUGCUGCUGCGGGAGGUGAUGGCCGGAUCCGUCUUCCUGCCGACCAUGGACUUCAUGGCGGAUCCUGACACUGUGAAUCUCAUGGUGCUCAUCUUUGUCGACGACUCUCCGCCAGAAGAAGCUUCAGAGUCUCCGUCUGCUCUCGUCCCAUUUCUGCACAAAUAUGCUGACGUCAGCAACAAGAAGUCCUCAGUUCUGCAGCUGAACCUGAAGCAGAUCCGGGACGAGCAGGAUCUUCUGUUCCGGUUCAUGAACUUCCUGAAGCAGGAAGGAGCCGUUCACGUGCUGCAGUUCUGCCUCACUGUCGAGGAGUUUAACGAUAAGAUCCUGGUCCCGGAGCUGAGCGACGGCGAGCUGCAGCGCCUGCACGGCGAGGUGCUGCACAUCUACGAGACGUACUGUCUGGACGAGAGCGUGGACAAGAUCAGCUUCGACCCGUUCAUCGUGGAGGAGAUCAGGAACAUUGCUGCAGGUCCGUACGGGGGCGUGGUCAAGCUGCAGACCAUGCACUGCCUGUUUGAGGCGUACGAACACGUCCUGUUUCUGCUGGAGAGAGUCUUCACUCCCAUGUUCUGUCACAGCGACGAAUACUUCAGGCAACUGCUGAGAGGGGCGGAGUCUCUGACCAAGAACUCCAAAUCCAACAGAAACACGUUAAAACGAGGAGAGACGUUCGGCAUCAGCAGAAUCGGCAGCAGAAUCAAAGGCGUGUUCAGGAGCACGACCAUGGAGGGCACCAUGCUGCCCCCUAGUGCCAUGAUCGACUUUGACGACGACGUGCGCCUGCGUGUGAUUGGUCGGCUGCAGGUGGAGGAGGCGACCGUCGUGUUGGAGGACGACUGUCCCACUGAGCUCGUCUCUGCCGCGGGAACCACGAGGAACCUGUCUGCGUGGAGCAUCACCAUCCCGUACAUCGAGUCCUGCGACGACGACGUGAAGAAGGAGAAAGUUCCCGUCUUCUGCAUCGACGUGGAACGCAAGGACAGGAGGGACGCAGUCGGUCACGAGACGGAGCAGUGGCUCGUCUGCAGGAGAUACCCGGAGUUCUACGUCCUCGAGUCCAAACUCACAGAGUUCCACGGAACUUUUGCAGACGCUCAGCUUCCGUCCAAACGGAUCAUCGGACCAAAGAAUUCUGAAUUCCUGUCUUCAAAGAGGGAGGAGUUUGAGGAAUAUCUGCAGAGACUCCUUCAGUGUCCUGAGCUCAGUAACAGUCAGCUGUUGGCCGACUUCCUGUCUCCUCACAGCAUCGAGUCUCAGUUUCUGGACAGAAUGUUGCCUGACGUCAACCUCGGCAAGAUUUUUAAGUCUGUUCCUGGGAAACUGAUCAAAGAGCGAGGACAGAACCUGGAUCCGUUCCUUCAGUCUUUCUUUAACUCCUGUGAGUCGCCCAAACCUAAACCCAGUCGCCCAGAACUGAUCAUCCUGAGCCCGACAGCAGAGAACGACAAGAAGCUCUCCAACAACCUCUUCAAAAACAACGCAAACCUGUCGCAGGUUUCAGAGCGGAGCAGCGACUGCCACGCCUCGCCGGACCCACGGGUCCACGGGAUGUACGACUACGCGAUGUACGUCGGUCGGGUGGUUUUCCGCAUGUCGGACUGGCUGCACCACGUCCUCGCCGCCGGCAGGAUCCUCUUCAAACACACGUUUGAGGCGUUCAUGGACCAGAACAUGCAGAGCAAGCUGGAGCACCUUCUUCAGGAGCAUCGACUGGUGUCGCUGAUCACACAACUCAGAGACGCCGUCUUCUGUGAAAACAGCGAGCAGCGAAGUGGUGACGACAAAAAGGUCAGAGCCAAGAAGACGUUCGACGAGAUGAUGAAAUAUUUACCAGACUUUGUGGAAAAAUGCAUCGGCGAGGAUGCAAAAUACGAAGGAAUCCGACUUUUGUUUGACGGUUUACAGCAGCCGCUGCUCAACAAACAGAUGACGUACGUCCUGCUGGACGCGGCUGUCGGCGAGCUUUUCCCUGAACUCAGCGAGGAAGUGAUGGAGGCGACCGUCAUGUGACCUCAAGGCCACAAACCACAUCCUGACAAACAUCCACGUGCAAUAAAAUCUCUGCUUUCUCUCUGUGUUCAUAAAUAAAUAAAUAAAAACUUGUAUUUAUUGAAGUAAA